AGAGCUUGCUGUAAGCCUCCAUGUUUGGGAUUAGAACUCAAUUAGCAGGCUGAAUGAAAACUCUGGAUAUGACCUUGACCUGGGAAUGGCUGUGUGAUGUCUCAUAUAUGUCCUUCAGUAACUGACCUACUAUGUAUUAAACAUGACAUCAACUCUAUGCUAAAACACUGAGCUAGCAAUUGAUAUGAAAUCUCCUUCUCUCUCUGAUCUCUCCUCUGAUCUCUCCCUCUCUAUCUCUCUCAUUUUCCCCUAGAGAGGGAGCAGAUUCACCCCUUUGAUCAGUAAUAGGAUGAUAUACCACAACAGGAGCAUUUUUCACCCAGAUACAUUCUUCCUCGUUGGAAUCCCAGGGCUGGAAGGAGCCCAUGCCUGGAUCUCCCUGCCUUUCUGCUCUGUUUACCUUGUGGCUUUGCUGGGCAAUGCCACCAUUUUGCUAGUCAUCAAGAUGGAGCAGACCCUGCGGAGAGAGCCCAUGUUCUACUUUCUGGCCCUCCUUUCAACUAUCGAUUUGGCUCUUUCCACAACCUCUAUGCCCCGCAUGCUGGGUAUCUUCUGGUUUGAUGCUCAUGAGAUUAACUUUGGGGCUUGUGUGGCCCAGAUGUUUCUGAUCCAUGCCUUCACUGGCAUGGAAGCUGAGGUCUUGCUGGCCAUGGCCUUUGACCGUUAUGUGGCGAUCUGUGCUCCACUCCACUAUAGGACCAUCUUGACAUCCCGGGUGCUGGUGGGCAUCAGCAUGUGCACUGUGGUUCGUCCAGUUCUGCUUACGCUUCCCAUGAUCUAUCUCAUCUACCGCCUACCCUUUUGUCAGGCUCGUGUAAUAGCUCAUUCCUACUGUGAACACAUGGGCAUUGCAAAACUGUCCUGUGGAAACAUCCGUAUCAAUGCCAUCUAUGGGCUCUUUGUGGUUUCCUUCUUUGUACUGAACCUGGUCCUUAUUGGCAUCUCCUAUGUUUACAUACUCCGAGCUGUCUUCCGCCUCCCAUCACAGGAUGCUCGGUUAAAAGCCCUAAGCACAUGUGGCUCUCACGUUGGGGUCAUCUGCGUUUUCUAUAUCCCCUCAGUGUUCUCCUUCCUCACUCACCGAUUUGGACACAAUAUACCAAGCUACAUUCACAUUCUUGUUGCCAACCUCUAUUUGGUUAUCCCACCGUCACUCAACCCCAUCAUUUAUGGUGUAAGGACCAAACAGAUACGAGAGCGAGUACUCCAUGUUUUUAUUCAAAAAUGACUCAUGACACAUUCUUGUACUAAGGAUUUUGAUCCAUGUAGAAAGACUUGUUUGUUCUUACUUCAACAAACAUUUUCUGGUCCUAAUCUGUUGCUGCCAGGUUGAGAUACAAGUUGAUUUGUUCCUAGAUGCUGACUAUGGAUUCUGAGACUUGUGGAAACAUCAUUGGAUCUCAAGUCAAAGGGCUAAUGGGGUAUCUUGGAAGGAGCUGUGUGGCCUCUGUCUGUGUGUCUUCAUGCAGAGUCCUUCAUAACAUUAGGCUACUCUUUUUCUGGGUAAAGAACAUAUUACAUUCGGUUUUUUGAGUUCUGAAAUUAGACAAAUGUGGCACCAGAAAUUUGACCCUAUCCUACUUCAUGUGUUGGUUCAUUUAUUUAUUCAUUCAUUCAUGCGUGUAUGUAUUCAUUUUAUUAUUCCUUUAAUUUACAUUCAUUUUGUGUUUACUGUAUGUCUUGAAUCAUUCCAAUUGCUAGGGAUGAACCCAUAAACCCAACCAACACAAAAUGGCUGGCCCUGAGGAGCUUGCAUUCUGUUAUAUUCUUUUUACAAAGCCAAGUUCAUGGGUUCAAAAACAAUCAUUGCCAAAUCUGUAGCCUGAAGUGGAAUGAUCUGCCAAACAUGUAAGAUUCAGUGGGAUGAUAGCCAAAGAAAACAUGUAAUUUCAAAACUAUUUCUUACUAAUAUCAAGAGUACUAUAUUACUGAAUAUCUCUCUGUAUUCAGGCCCAUAGCAUAAGCACAGUGUAGUCAUAAUUGAAUUAUGUAUGAUAUUUCUCUCUAUCUACAUGAUGCAUGCAGGCCUCUGCCUAUCACUUCAUUCACUUUUGUUCUCUCAAUCUACAUUUGACUCUAAGAUUCUCCAUCCCCAAAUAGAAGGCCUCUCAUCCUAGACCCAUGAUCUAUCUCUACUUCCUCCACUUACUUUAAUGUACAAGCAUUUAUACCAACCUAUGAAUAGUCACUUUUUUUUGUAUACUACUGAGCGCUUUCUGUUGAUUCAAUAAUAUUUUGC